UCUCACUUGGGAUCAAAUGGGUAAGAAGAUUUUGUUACUGGGUCUCACUCUUCACCUCCUAUUUGUCACUGUUUGUGUCUCAGCUGCACCAUCUACUAGUUCCCCUGCAAAAAUUGUUAAUGGGCUUCUUUCCAAUGCUGUGCCUGCUUUCACCAAAUGGGUGUGGUCACUUAAGCCUACCACCAAAACUGCGGUUUCGAGCAGGUCGAUGAUGAAAUUCGAGAGUGGGUACAGUGUGGAGACUGUUUUUGAUGGAAGCAAGCUUGGGAUUGAGCCUUAUGCUGUGGAGGUGUUACCCAACGGGGAGCUUCUCAUUCUUGAUUCGGCAAAUAGCAACAUUUAUAGGAUUUCAUCCUCGCUUUCUUUGUACAGCAGACCAAAGCUGGUGGCAGGGUCGGCUGAAGGAUAUUCUGGACAUGUUGAUGGGAAGCUCAGGGAGGCAAGGAUGAACCAUCCAAAGGGGAUAACUGUUGAUGACCGAGGAAAUAUUUAUGUAGCAGAUACUACAAAUAUGGCAAUUAGGAAAAUUAGUGAUUCAGGGGUCACAACAAUUGCUGGAGGAAAAUGGAGCCGUGGAGGGGGCCAUGUUGAUGGACCGAGUGAAGAAGCUAAAUUUUCUGAUGACUUUGAUGUGGUUUAUGUUGGAAGUAGUUGUUCAUUACUCAUUAUAGACAGAGGAAACCGAGCCAUCAGGGAGAUUCAACUGCACUUCGAUGAUUGUGCCUAUCAAUAUGGCAGUGGAUUCCCACUUGGGAUUGCAGUGCUUGUUGGGGCUGGCUUCUUUGGUUAUAUGCUGGCAUUGCUCCAGCGCCGGCUUGGUACAAUUGUAGCAUCUCAGGAUGAUCAGGUUCCAGUAACAGUAACAUCAUCUGUUUCUCAAGGUCCAUAUCAAAAGCCCUUGAAAUUGGUCAGGCCUCCUUUAAUUCCAUCAGAAUAUGAACCUGAGAAGCAGGAAGAAGGCUUCUUUGGAUCCCUUGGAAAGCUUCUUGCCAACGCUGGUGCAUCAAUGGUAGAGAUAAUGGGAGGAUUAUUUCCUGCUUUCAGAAGAAAACCACAGAGCUACCAAUUUCAAAGACAACCACUGGUUCAACAACCUCAGAAGCAAGUAAAUGCCUGGCCUGUGCAAGAAAGCUUUGUGAUUCCUGAUGAAGAUGAGCCACCUUCUAUUGACACAAGAGCCCCAACCCCUCGAAAAACUUACCCUUUCAUGUCCAAGGAUGCAGAAAAAAUGCAACAAUUACGGCAAAGUAGAGCAUUCUAUAGUGGAUGGGAUGGAGAUCUUCAACAGCAACAACAGCAGCAGCAACAAAAAUACCAUCAUCGCCAUCAGUACCGUUCAUCAGUUCCUCAUACUUACUAUGAGCAGAAUCAUGAGACGACUAAUGAGAUAGUGUUUGGGGCAGUGCAAGAACAGGAUAAGAAGCAGGAGUCUGUGGUUAUCAAGCCUGUGGAUUAUGGGUAUUCACUGUAUGAACAUAAUAAUAUUAGGUCCAGAAUGAGUUCUAUGGGUUAUGGCCAAAGGUAUUGAGUAUAUAUUGUUAGGAAGUUUAGAAGUAAUGGCCUCAAUCCAACUUUGAAUGGAGAGGGGAGGAUGAAAUCAAGUAUAGGUAGUAGCAGUAUAAUGAUUUCUUUCAGUAAGGAGAAGCUGGUGAUCAUAAUAUGAAUUGUUUAUUCAGUUUUGCCAAAUGUAGGUUGCUCUUGUGUGUAGUGUAAGCAGCAACCUUGGCAAUCA